UAAUUUCAGUCUCACCCCUUUCCCCACCUUUCUCCUUCUCCACAUUUCUGUGAGCUCACUCCAUCAUGAAGCAUUCACAUUUUACUAGAGCUACGGUUUUACACUUCAAUCAUGUGAAACCCUAGCUAAGUUUCUCUGUCUAGUAGUUGAGGUUUUAUAGAAAUGGGGAAUUGUUGUAGAUCUCCGGCAGCAGUAGCCAGAGAGGACGUAAAAUCAUCAAACUACUCCGGUCACGAUCACCGUCGGAAAGAAAAUUUCGGCACCCAAAAAAAUCAAAAAAAACAAACUACUGUUUUAACCAAAGUAAAGAAUGAGAACAUUGAGGAAACGUACUUAGUUGAUAGAGAGCUAGGAAGAGGUGAAUUCGGAAUUACUUACCUUUGUAUCGAUCGUAACAGUAGGGAAAAUUUGGCUUGCAAGUCGAUAUCGAAGCGAAAACUAAGGACAGCAGUUGAUGUGGAGGAUGUAAGGCGAGAAGUGGCGAUAAUGAAGCAUUUGCCGCAUAAUUCGAGUAUUGUGAGAUUUAAGGAAGCUUGUGAGGAUGAGAAUGCAGUGCAUUUGGUUAUGGAGCUAUGCGAAGGAGGCGAGCUGUUUGAUAGGAUUGUUGCACGGGGACAUUAUACUGAACGAGCUGCAGCGGCUGUCACAAGGACGAUUGUGGAAGUGGUGCAGCUUUGUCAUAAGAAUGGAGUAAUUCAUAGAGAUUUGAAACCGGAGAACUUUUUGUAUGCGAAUAAGAAGGAGAAUUCACCUCUCAAAGCAAUUGAUUUUGGAUUGUCAAUAUUCUUCAAGCCAGGUGAACGGUUUUCUGAAAUUGUUGGAAGCCCUUAUUAUAUGGCUCCUGAGGUGCUCAAGCGAAACUAUGGACCAGAAAUAGAUAUAUGGAGUGCAGGAGUCAUUUUGUAUAUUUUGUUAUGUGGAGUUCCUCCCUUUUGGGCUGAAUCUGAACAAGGUGUUGCUCAGGCCAUCUUACGCGGGGCAAUAGAUUUCAAGCGCGAACCUUGGCCGAGUAUGUCGGAGUGUGCUAAAACUCUUGUACAACAAAUGUUGGAGCCAGAUCCAAAGCUUCGACUGACUGCUAAGCAAGUACUCGAACAUCCUUGGCUUCAAAAUGCUAAGAAGGCUCCAAAUGUUCCUCUUGGAGAUGUUGUCAAGUCAAGACUCAAGCAGUUCUCAAUGAUGAAUAGGUUUAAGAGGAAAGCUCUGAGGGUGAUUGCUGAUUUCUUCUCUAAUGAAGAAGUUGAAGACCUCAAAGAGAUGUUUAGCAAGAUAGAUACUGAUAAUAAAGGUAUUGUUUCAGUUGAGGAACUAAAAGUCGGGCUUCAAAAAUUCAAUUCACAGCUUGCAGAAUCAGAAGUACAGAUGCUUUUUCAAGCAAUUGAUACCAACGGCAAGGGGACCUUGGAUUAUGGGGAAUUUAUUGCUGUUUCCCUCCAUCUUCAGAGGAUGGCAAAUGAUGAACAUCUGCACAAGGCUUUUUCCUACUUUGAUAAGGAUGGCAAUGGUUAUAUUGAAUCACAUGAGCUUCGGGAUGCACUGAUGGAGGACGGAGCAGAUGAUUGCACCAACAUUGUGAAUGACAUUUUACAGGAUGUUGAUACAGACAAGGAUGGCCAAAUCAGCUAUGAAGAAUUUGUAGCCAUGAUGAGAACCGGGACAGAUUGGAGAAAGGCUUCUCGACAUUACUCAAGAGGGAGAUUUAAUAGUUUAAGUGUGAAGCUAAUGAAAGAUGGCUCACUUAACUUGGGAAAUUAAUGAGUAAAGUUCACGGUGGUUGCUCUUUCAUUCAUCAAAAAGUAGUAAUGGAUCAAAUGCUUCUGUAUCAUAAUUUGAUCUCUUCAUUGUUUGAGGGAUUCUCCAUAGCUGUUGGCAUGCCAGCAAUGAGAAGAGGCGACUUCACUGUGUUAACCUCUUCAAAUUGUUAAUCGAGUAAACCAAGCCAUUAGGAAUAUGCAGUGUAUGAUCUACCUCUUAUUUUUCUUGUUCCCAAAAUCAAAAAUAUGCAAAAUUCAUCCUACAGCAGAUUUGGGAACAUAAUAUGCUAGUCUUGUAUAACCCUCCUCAUGUGUAAUUAUCAUCGUCAAGGACUGGACUGUUUACGCAAAUAUUUGAGUUGAAGUAGUCUGGGUGUUAUU